GCCACGGUUGCUGCACAGAACCCAUUCAGUGAGCCUGCAGGAGAUCCUCCACACGCCACGUCGCUGAGCCUCCACCCCUUCCCUUUGGACCCCAAGACCUACAAGCACCAUGACCUCUGAGCUGGAGAGCAGCCUGACCUCCAUGGACUGGCUCCCCCAGCUCAGCAUGAGGGCAGCCAUCCAGAAGGCAGACGCUGGACACCACCACGGCCACCACCAUGGACACCAUCACCACGGCCACCAUCACGGGCACGGACCUGGAAAGAAAAUUGUGCAUCUGGACCCGGGAACCACGCUGGACCAGGAGGAGGCUGCUCAGCACAGAGACGGUAAACCGCCCUACAGCUACGCCAGUCUGAUCACCUUCGCAAUCAACGGCUCACCACGCAAACGGAUGACCCUCAGCGAGAUCUACCAGUGGAUCUGUGACAACUUCCCCUACUACAAAGAAGCAGGAAGCGGCUGGAAGGCGCCCUUACAGACACGUGUUGAUCUGCACACGAUGCAGCCUGUUUGAGUGGGAGUUGACCGUUCAGAGUUGGCUGCGGUCAACCCUGCUCGCCGGUCAGACCAUUGUGAGGAAGCAGUGGAAAUGCAUGUGUUCAUGACGUGGCCCGAUGCAAUACCUAAAGCAGACAGACCCAGGCCUGUUGUAAUGCACAACACAUGACUGCUGUGCAAUGGUUUAGUUUAUUUAAGACACAUAUUGCUGUAGCAGAACCUGCUGUUUGGAAUUAUAUACUGAA